CACCCUCAGGGGUCCUCUAGGGACUCUCUGGCCCAGAGACCAAGUGGUGGCCUUGGAAAGCAGACAUCAGGCUCUUUUGUGCCUGUGACCGUGUCAUUGCUCGCACACUGCCCCCACCAACCAGGGCUCCCAGGACCCCCUCCUCCACUCUGUGAAUGACACAUCUUGGUCUCCCCCACCUCAUGUAUUCAGCUGGGGGUUGUUCCAUGCUCUCCCAUCCUCCCAAGGCCGAGGUUGGGAAGUGAGAAACCAGGUUUUUAACUUGUGGCUGCUCCUCCAUCUCUGGCUGCACUGGAGAGGAGCCCAGCCUGCCUACCACAGAGGUCUCCUUCCAGUCCGCUCAGGACAUUGUUAGCUUCUGUUCUCCCAUGUUCCCUUGUCAUCAGCCCUCCCACGCCCAGGAAGAACUACCCAUGAGAGUGGGUCCUGAGGCUCCCCUAUGGGGACAGUUCCAUUCUUGAAGUGUCAGUGUUGGGGAAUAUCUGUGGCCUGCAAGGCCCAUCUCAGGUUUGGGGAUCCCCCAGUCCCUAUGUUCAGUGUUGGGGCAUCCUCUGGGAGCCUAGUUUCUUUGAGGCCCCAGCCCCUUUUUUAGCUACUCUUGAAUGGGUGUUACCCGAGUAUUUAUGGAAAUAAAGUUCCAUUUCCUCAGUGUGGCUUGGCUCAUUUCCAGGUGAGGGGGACCUGGCUCCCCAAAAAGGGUGGGAAUGGAGAGUUGGAGGCCUGGGUGUCCUGAUGCACCCAGGUUUGGGGUGGGACCUUCUUGGUGUUUCUGCUCUCUCAAUGCCCAUUCUGUGUGGGUUCCUGAUUCUCUGGGUUCUUUCCUGUGGAGGACAAUUCUCUAACUGUCCCGGCCUCAGACUGGGAGGCUGGGCUCAGCGCUCCCUCCAGUGGUUUAUGCUUCAGCUUCAUGAAUAGAAUGUCCCUGCUACCCCCACACUGGAUGAGGGGGCUAAGGGUCAGGGUGGGCAUUUGUUGAGCCCCUUUCCAACCUUUGUAGACCAGAGCUGAGUGAGGGGCUGGACAAUGAGCCUCCUCUUCCUUGAAAGAAAGAAUUUUGGUAGAGACAAUAAGGCCCUGUCUGCUCUGGCAUAGGGGGCGGUGGCUGACUCAACUGUGCCCCACCCCCCACCCCCGUGAGGCCCUAACAAAUGUCAUCAAGAAAUGGGGUCAGUUUUCCUCUUAGUGCCCUGGGUUGCCUUCUUGCCCUUCACUGAUGACUUCCCCUUCUUUCUUGCCUCAGCUGAUUUUGUGCCUUUUCCCAUCAUCUGACCCUACUUUGUUCUCUACUAGCUCCCUCUCCCUGCUCCCCAGGUCUCUCCCACUCUGUGUUGUGUUUAAGAGGGGGGCAAUAGCCAAGGGUAUUGGUGGUGUUACAUAGCCAGUGGCCUCUGCCGAUUUGGGGAGGGUUCCAGAAAUAAGGGGCCUCAAGUUUGGAAGAUACUUCUAGGGGGCCCUUUGCUGGGCUGGGGUGAAGGUAGUAGGACUUGGACCCCACUAAGCAGAACAAGCUGGAGCUAUGGGGGAGGCCGGAGGGAGGGGGCAGGAAUGGGAGGACUCUGUGUAGCCCAGCCCCUCUGUAGCAGCCCAGCCUACCCACCAGUCUGAGCUGCUGCUGCUGAGGCUGGUGGCCUGAAGUUUCUGGGAGAGAGGGAAAAGCAGCCGGCAGGGCGGUCUGGAGUCAAGGAGAACCAUGGGGUCCAGGGCUGAGCUGUGCACUCUCUUAGGCGGACUCUCAUUCCUCCUCCUGCUGCUGUCAGGCGAAGGGUCCAAGGGUGGAUCCCUCAAAGAGAGUCAGGGAGUCUGCUCCAAGCAGACACUGGUGGUCCCACUGCGUUACAACGAGUCCUACAGCCAACCAGUAUAUAAGCCCUACCUUACCCUGUGUGCUGGAAGGCGCGUCUGCAGCAUGUACAGGACCACGUACCGAGUGGCGUGGCGGGAGGUGAGGCGGGAGGUGCAGCAGACUCAUGCUGUGUGCUGCCAAGGCUGGAAGAAGCGUCAUCCAGGGGCGCUCACCUGUGAUGAAGCCAUCUGCGCUAAGCCCUGCCUGAACGGAGGCGUCUGCAUUCGGCCUGACCAGUGCGAGUGCGCCCCUGGCUGGGGUGGGAAGCACUGUCACGUGGAUGUGGAUGAAUGUAGAACUAGCGUCACCCUCUGCUCCCACCGUUGCCUAAACACUGCAGGCAGCUUCCUCUGUGGCUGCCCACAAGGCCUGGUGCUGGGCCCAGACAGGCGCUCCUGCACAGUGGGGUCCCAGGAGUCUCCAACUAGUGCCAGCAUCUUUACUGUGGCGGUUCAGGAAGAGGAGGCGGAAAAAGAUGAGCAUGCCCUGAAGCAGGAGAUCCAUGAGCUGCGAGGGCGCCUGGAAAGGCUGGAGCUGUGGGCUAGGCGGGCUGGGGCCUGGGUCCGAGCGGUGCUGCCCAUACCUCCCCAAGACCUGCAGCCGGAACAGGUGGCAGAGCUGUGGGGCUGGGGUGACCGGAUCGAGUCUCUCAGUGACCAAGUGCUGCUGCUGGAGGAGAGGCUGGGUGCCUGCUCCUGUGAGGACAAUAGCCUGGACCCAGUCCUCAAUGGGCGCCCAUGAGGAUCUCUACAGAACCCCUUGCUCCCUAAAGUAUACAGAAGCUGGACCCACUCUCGUCCUUUGGAUUCACCAGCUGGGGGGCAGUAGAUAAGGUAAUCUGCCCCUUAGGAGCGACAUCAUGGCGGCCCCUGAGUCUUCCACCUGGGGCAGAUUGCCUGGGGGGUAGGAAGAGCUGCUUCAACUCGACAAAGGCAGCUAGUAUGUCCAGAUCUCUCAAUCUUUAUUCUGGUUCCUUGCUAUUAUCCAGAUAAUUAAUAAAAACCAAUUACAUAAAA